AUGCCGCUCCCGCCGCCGCCAUCCCCGUCUCCUGCUCCCCGGACGCCGGGGAUCGCCGGCGGACGCCUCUUCGCUUCGCUCCCGCCGCCGCCGCCGCUCCGGUCUCGGAGAGAGGUGCAUGUUUGGUAUCUUUUGCCUGAUGAGUUGAAUGAUGCCUCCCUACUGAAGAUGUACACGGAGCUCCUUUCCCCUUCUGAAAGGAAGACUGCUUUGUCUAUGAAUGGGGAAAAGUUGCAGAAAGGUGCUGUGCUGUCCCGUGCACUGGUGCGCACUACCCUCUCGAGAUAUACAGAUUGCAAAGUCGAUCCAAGAUCAUUUGAGUUUAAGAAAAACAAGUUUGGCAAACCUGAGAUACUGUGGCGAUCUGAUGACAGCAGGAUGGAACGGCCUUUGCAUUUCAAUAUUUCACACACAUCUUCUUUGAUUGCCUGUGGCAUAACCAUGGAUACUUCUAUUGGCAUUGACGUUGAAGACAAGAAACGAAAGACAACCAAGAAUAUUUUAUCUCUUGCUCGCCGUUAUUUCACCCCAUCUGAAAUUGAUUAUCUAGCUAAAAUUCCAGAUCCUGAUGGUCAGCAAAAGGAGUUCAUAAAACUAUGGACUCUUAAAGAAGCAUAUGUAAAAGCUCUUGGAAGGGGGUUUUCAGGCGCUCCUUUCAACAAAUUCUCGAUCAUAUUGGCAGCAAAUAACAGAAUCCAAAUUUCUGUGGCACCAAAAGUAUCCAACGGUUCUGACUCUAGCUGUGACUGUCUGUCUGAGAAUUGGCAAUUUGCACUUGCUGAGCUAAAUAGCUCUCAUUGCAUGGCAAUCUGUAUAGAGGAUGACUCAACAAGUUCAGAUUCGGAAAAUGGUAGACUGCCACUAGGAUUGAAAGUAUGGAAGACCAUUCCAUUCGUUGAAGAUAUACUUGUUUCAGGAACAGAAGCUGUAAAACUUGUCAGCUGA